GCAACGAUCUACUCCCCCUCCCCAAGACGACUUUUGAUAAAUGUUGCUGUAUCGAUCCGUGGCCCCGGGGUACUAUCGUCUGCCGUGUGGGAUACAAAAUUUGGAAUGAAGGCUUCGACCGAUUAUCGAUUCGAUAGCUGUAGACGGCGCCGAACCGUCGGUGUGAAGAUCCUCGGAAAAUAAUGAGGUCUGGAGAACAGCCGGGGAUUACCAAUAGUCAUGACGCUGGAAGUGAGUUGGUUGCUCUGUCCGAAACUCGGACUUGAUAAAAAAAACUCGGAAAUCAGCGUGCACCUAUAACAGGAACAGCAGCGCUACAUGGAUGGGUUUCAAAAAGAGUUUGGACACCUGAAUCGCAGAGAUACGGUCAACGGACUAUUUUUAUACGCCAUCAUCAUCACCACCGCAGGACCCACUCGGGGUCUAACGUGUACAUUCAGCUUCCACAAAAUCAGCUUCUCAAAAGAAGAAAGCCAGCGGACUACCGGCUCCAAUGUCCCUUAUGGAAUCCGGCUUUUGCCAGUCAAUGAACACGGUUCCUCAGAAGCUCUAUCCAGUCGUCGCUUCAGCCGUAGCAAACGGAAACUGAAGUUAAGACUGCCGAUGGCCUGAAUAUGCCGGGCUGGAAUCAAUGAUAAUAUUCGAUGACUGAUACAGGUACCAUUCAU